AUGCGCGCUCUCCUUCUUUCUCUCCUCCUUCCGGCAUGGACGGUCCAGGCGCUGCGCUUCGACAUUGCCGGCCGCAGCGUCGCCCACCUCAAGACGAUCAACGCCAAUGUUCUGGCGGCAGAGGACCAUUCUGACGAUAUUUCUUCGACUCGGGAUGUGUUGUACAUCGCCAACGUGACUAUCGAGGGCCGCUCUUAUCCCCUGCAAAUGGACACUGGCUCUAGUGACUUGUGGGUGGACAUGGGUUCCAAUACACCCGCCAACCCCACUAGCAACACGCUCAAUCUCACCUAUGGUACCGGCAACGUCUUUGGGAACAUUGCCCAUGGGCCAGUCACCUUUGCUGGCUACGACAUCCCAGACCAAGCCUAUCUCGUAUUUCAAUCCGGACAUAACCCCGUGCUCUCGUUCGGCGCUCAGGGCAUCAUCGGACUUGGUUUCACAACCUUGUCGCACAUUGAUGCCGCAGUCACCGAGUCCUGGGCGAGCUCCCUACUCUAUAACAUCUUUGCACAGAAUCCGUCAGAGCCUAAUUUUAUUGCCAUGGCUCUCGAACGAGAGAGUGACGAGCACAAUACUGUCCACGGCAGCCUAGGAGUUGGAGAACUAGCAAAAGAGUACGAGUCUGUCAGUAGUACAGACCAUAUUCCACUCUUCCCGCCCGAGGGGUCCAAGCGGUGGACUGUGCUGCUUGACUCGUACGUGGUCAACGGGGCCACCCAAAAUGCGACAUCGACCGUUCAAGACGUGCCAGCGGGACGUCUAUCCGUCUUAUUGGACAGUGGUACAACCUACUCGUAUGCGCCUCCCGAGGUUGCCGCCAGCAUUUACUCUUCUGUCAACGGCGCGUUCCUCAACACCACGACGAAUCAAUGGACCGUCCCGUGCUCUGGGGGCAUUCGAUUGACACUAUGGUUCGCUGGGCGCGCGUUUGACAUCCAUCCCUUGGACGUCGUCGUGCAGAGCUUGGCUGACCCUUCAAUUUGCAUAGGUUCCUUUAUUCCAACGCGCAUUGCAGUUGGCGCAUCCGACUUUGACUGGAUCCUCGGCACCAAUAUUCUUCGUUCCGUCUACGCCGUCUACGACUUUGGCGACUUUGACUCGAAUAACGUCAUGGGCAAUCCUUAUGUCCAGCUUUUGUCCGUCGUCGACAUUGAAGAAGCCGCCAGUUCCUUCCAAGCCGCUCGAGGUGGGACCGUUCCCAUCAACAGCGGUAACGGAUCUGCCAGCACAAGUGUAUCCGUCAUGACGACCAGCGAAAAGUUGGACAAGUUGAUGAACCUCAUUCCAUUAAUGUUCGCGGCGCUCGGAGCAAAUGCGCUCAUCCUGUUGACCAUUCUUGUCAUUGGUAUUUGGCUCUGCUGUCAUAUGCGCAAGCAGAAAGCCAGAAAGCCAAAAGUUGCGCCACUUCCUCUCGCGACAAUGGCUUCGUCAAGCCAUGCCUACGAGGCGGUGCCAACUGCGGACAACGAAGAACGUCCAUCGUCGGUCCACACCAGACACUCGACGAGGAUGUUGUCGAGAUCUGGCUCAAAGCACUCACUUUCGUCGCGCUCUAUAAAAAACGAGGGCGAGCUUACCGAGCACCCGAACAUGUCGAGGUCCUCUUUGCUUCGUCCUUCCAUUACGGUCAAUCGCGACGACGACAGUGCCUCGAUACGGUCUGGUCGCGUCCCUGUUGGAGGAGAUGCUUCUCGCCGCAGCUCACGCCUCACUCCGCCAGACGAGGCCUCUAGUCCAUCCCCCCGUCACAGUCGUUUCCCAUCAAACAUGGCACCCAACCCCUCUUCACCCCUAUCCAACUCGUUCUCGAACACAGGCAGGACUUCUCCGAAUCCAGGAAAGGUAUCGCCUGAAGAAGGCAUGACAGAUGUCAUGUUGCGGCCACACGACGAAUCGCUCGAGGACGAAAAGGCGGGCGACGUCUCGCUCGCCAAAGGAAAGCGAAGCUCGUUUAGGCCACCCCCGCCCAUUGUCGCUCCAGGGUUCCGUAAAUCGAUGCAUUCAGACUUUAGUGCUAGCCCCACAGUGGCCGGUUCAGAAUUCCACUAUGCCGCGCGGGAGAGGACAAUGUCUGCUCAGAUGGAAGUCCCAGUCCGCCAAGGCAGUUACAAUUCAGAGAAUGGUCAGCCAAGCCCAAGUCCGACGGAAAGCAAUUAUCAAGACGCUCGGCAGAGCUACUAUUCGCAUGCGAAUGGGAGCCAAUCCGUCCUCCCUGCAGAUGCGCCCAAUACAGGUCGAGCGUCUAUGAUGGUACCAUCCCCUCACUCUGCGGCAUCUCCCGCCGUCGUCGUCGAUGACACUCAUACGAUCCCUGAAGAAGGCUCGUCGCAUCGUAGGACUGCCUCAAGACAAGAAGCGCAACGCGCAGCAUUCAUGGCCGCGCUCGAAGAACCCCUCCCCCCGCCACGAAGACCGAGAGCGGCGAGCAGAGGAUUGCAACCUGCGCAGGACCAAGGAGCUCGCAUGUCCGCUUACCACGCGCGAAGUCCAUCGCAAGAGGUGCACUUCCCGUCGCAGCCGAACGUCACUCGCUUUGUCGGAGGACGAGGUUAUCCGCAGGCACCAGCGGCAGCGGCGGAAGGUGCUGGUCCACAGAGGAGCUCUUACAUGGCUGGCUCACCUCUACGACGAGGUCCCUUCGUUUCGACACCAUCGCCGUUUAACCCGUCUUCGCUAGGCUCAAACGCGCCCUCGCGAUCGCCGCCAGCUCCGCCAUCAUGA